UCAAUUCUGCAAGUGGUUCUGAUUUACUAUCGCUGUUCUCUAGCCGGUCUAAAACCGAUUUUGACCUAAAGGGACGCUUUUUGGACGCCAUGGACAUUUCUCAGUUUCCAGGCAGAAAGAACAGUCAAAAUGCAGGCAGGGCGCCGGACAAAGCACUCGGGACAAAAUCAAUGUUACACUAUGUAAUAAUCGUUUUAAAAAAAAAAGUCAUUUUUUUUUCAUUUUCAAAUUUGCCGCCGUACGUCCCGACGUCACAGGGACCGGAUGCCGGCAUCGGCCGGAGGAGAUGGCCGGGGACACUGCAGGGGACACAU